UUGUAAAUUUGUUUAUUUUAAUUAUUAUCAUCAUUGAUAAUGCGAACUACUGCAAACGGAUUUUAAGGAAGGACAGCUUGCGGCGUGUAUAAAUAUUUAGGGUGAUGGACGUCCGUCAGGAUGUAAAGAGUUGUUUGCCAAAGCCCCAAAGAAUAAACAUAUACCCACACAACUAACGCAUUGAAAACACGUAGUUGAAGUUGUUGCGAAGUCGCUUUUGUAUUUUGCGUUUUUGGUUUAAUAAACGUAAUUACUGUAGUCUGUCAAGUGUCAACUAAGCAGAAAUGGCGGAACUGGGACUAAAUGAGCAACACCAGUCGCUAAUUAUGACAUAUAUCAGAUUCGCUAAGCAUCAGCGUGCACAAAAUUUGAAGGCAGUGUAUUGUGCAUUCCAAGACGUAAUAGAAUCUAGGUACUACGUUAGUGAUACAAUUUUUGAUACUGUGCAUGUUCACAUACAUUUGUAGCACUCAGUAUACUAGUAUAAUCCACUCUAUUCACAACACCAGUAGUAGCUUUACAUCCUUUUAACCCAUCAAGUGUGGGAAUGAAAAGAACCACAUUCUGUGGAAUAUUAAUAUCUCUUCCAUGCUGUCGGAGGAGACGUACACGGCAGAGGAGGUGCGGGAGCUGCUGUGCGGGCUGCGCGAGGCGGUGCGCGCCGACGUGGAGGCGGAGCUGAUGAGCCACGGCCGCGCCACCGCGCUGCUGCUGCGCCAGCUGCUGGCCCAAGCUGAGCGCUGGCACCUGCGCCUCUCCGCUGACAUGUCACAGCUGCAAGACAGAGAGCAACUGGAGCAGGUGGCAGCACUGGAGGAGACGGGAGCGGCUCCCGAGCGGCCGCUGCCAGCGGGCGGACGGCUGGCCCCACUGGGCACGGAUGGCGGCCGGGACGCGGGCGGGGCGUCCGCACUGCUGACUGCGGAGGUGCGGCGACUGGAGGCACACUGUGGCUCCCUGCAGGAGCAGCUGGAGGAGGCACGCCUUCUGGCUCAGGUUAGGCAGCAGCAGAUAAUUCGCCUGAACGACGAACUGGACUCUGCGAGAGAGAAGCUCGCCGUGGCUGCCGCUUCUUCACAACUCGCCAAGGAACGGCAGGAGGCCACGGUCCCCAGUGACCGCAUCCCCGAGCUGGAGGAGCAGAUCUCACAGCUGUCUCUCAGUCUGUCAGACAGUGAAACUGUGAGAACCGAUGUUGAGCACCAGCUGGCGGACACGAGGGAGGAACUCGAGGCUAUGAAGUCGAGACUGACGCUGGCGGAGAAGGAGCUGGAAAGCAAAUUCAGUGAGACGACAGCUUACACUAACAUGAAGCGUAUGCUCGCGAGCAAGAAUGAACAGCUGCGUGAGCUGCGAUUGAGGCUGCGUGCCCUGGGAGAAGGAGGAGGCAAGAGCAGUGUAGCUGAUGGCGAUGCUGAUGCUGAUGCUGAGGGAGAAAUGUCGGAAGACGAAAACUGAGUUCGGAGUGGAGAGAUAUCACCUGAUAUUGCAUUGAGACCUGAAAAUGGAAUGUGGAUGUAACAGGUCUCUGACGGAAGUACUUAAUUUUUAGAAGUGUUAUCUCACUAGUGUUACAUAGUAGUCAAACAAUCUGUGUAACAUUUUGCUACCACAGUAAUUGUUAGUUGCACAUAAAAAUGCUUUGCACUGCUAACUGAUUAUAAGUCUAAAAUGUGUGAGGAAAUCAUUGUUUCUCCAAAAACUUUAUUUAAUAAAUAAGACCUGACCCUCGCUCAUGUCAAACCUUAAUCCUUAUGACAACACAAUGUGAAUACUGUUGUAUCGUGUAAAGUCACCUCAGGUGCCAAAUGAAUUGCAAUAGAAGAUUUUCACUGUAAAUUCAUCAAACCACAAUUUCAGUUCUCAAAAUUAUUUGCAAUUAUGUUCAGUGCACAUUUAGACCUGUCUUACAGAACAACAAUAGAAUUAAUGUUAUCAACAUCUGCAAUUCCUAUUACUCAGAAUGAAGAUAGUGAAAAUUAGGAGCACUCUAAAUUUUGUGGUGACAGCAGCAAACAAACACAGAGUUAGUUCCGUUUACUCUUAGACCAAAGUAAGUGAAAAAAUGGCACUAAUAAACAACGUGUGUCGUUCCUGACUGCUUCGCUACUAUAUUUCGUUUUCCACUGUUGACAACAUCAACAAUGUAACAGUUGUGGCCCUGUAGCUGUCCGAUAUGUGUGUGUUACACCAAAUGAACUAUCUGCAACAUUUAAACGUGAGCAUCCCCGGAGUACAACUUCACGAAACAUUGAUACCUUUGUGUGUCACUUCUGCCACAGCACCUAAUUGUUACGCAUAGUAGAAGUAGGUAGCAAUGUCAGAGACAAAGGAAAACUUUUCAAAUGUGUUUGUCUGCUCCUGAUAUCUAUGUAUAUACAUGAUUUUUUUUUCUUUUGUGCACAUCUACAGCAAAGUUCCUUUGGAAUUAUAUGAGUUUCGAUGGCCUCCUUUUAUAAUUAAUUUUAAAAAUUGGCACUUCAAUUUAUGAUGUUCACAUAUCAAUAUUAUGAUUGUUAAAUAAAGCAGAUGCAUUAUAAUGAA